AAGUGGUUUUCUUUCUAUAUAUUUACAAAUCGUUAGUAUUUGUUUAAUUAAUAUUUAAUAUUUCAACCCUGAAAACACUUGAAGUAUUGAAAUAUCGAAUGAAUGGUAUUCGAAUACUUACUCAUUAUUUUCACCGUUAGAAAUACCCCUUCGCGUUUAUUCGUUUCUAAAGCAAUUCGUUAGAAACAUGUUUCUUUACUUUAUCAUUUUUUUCCAUGUUUCUAGUAGUUUCGCGUUUUUGAAUUUUAAAUUCACUGAUUCACCUACCUUUACUGAUGAUCAUUAUAUUCAAAAUAUCAUCGCAAUUUUAAAUUCGGAGUAUAAAUUUUCACACGUAACAAUAAUUUGCGAAAAUGAAACGAAUUUCUGCACUCAGAUUUGUAACCAAGUGCGAGGUGUUUCUCUUCCUGUAUCAAUUUUCAAAUUGAAAAACUCGUCGGUAACGUUGCUAGGUGAAUUGAAUAUAUUUUACUUCAACUCGAGACAUAUCUUGCUGCACUUUAUUCGCAAAAAUUACCAACUUUUCAAUGCCAAAUCGUAUUUCAUUUUAUUUUUGAAAAAUUACGACGUGACGGAAAUCCUGCAUACUUUAUGGAUCAGAUUCAAGAUUCGUCGAAUUAUUCUGUUCGACGGUAUUGCCCCAUACGAUGGAUCAGUCUAUGAUAUUUUCUCAAACAGCUCGAAGAAGAUCACUAUUAACAACUUCGUUGCGAAGAAUUUAUUCAAAUUGAAUAACUUUCAAAACACUACUCUAAGGAUUACAUUAUUUGAACGUGUUCCCGAAGUGAUGCAAAUAGAUGGUAAAGUAUACGGAGCGAAUUAUAGACUAUUGCACACACUUUCGAAGAAGCUAAAUUUCACACCAAUCGUCCAACGUAGCAGCGACAGAAGAAAAUUCGGAUCCUAUUCAAAAGGAAAAUACACCGGUGGCCUAGGUGAUAUCGUAUAUGGCAGAAGUGAUAUAGCUUGUAAUGGUUAUUUCAUCCAAAAAACUCACACUGAUGAAUACCAGUAUCUCGUCCCUAUGAAUAUGGAUUACGUUUGCUUAUUAGUUCCUAAAAGUGGUAAAAUACCGAAAUACAUGGCACCUUUUAAAUGCUUCCCCGAAGAAGUGUGGCUAGCUAUGAUGUUGGCUUUCGUAUCUGUUGGACUGGUGAGAUAUUUCAUACGUUACAUACAUCAAAAUCAUUUGAAAUGGAAAGAAAAUUCGAAUAUUUUAUUAAAUAUAUUUUCGGUAGCCAUCAACAUGCCGGUAUCAUUUCUACAAUAUAAGUAUUUGAGUUCACGUAUCAUAUUGAUUAUAUUCCUUACCCAGAUGUACGUAAUUGUGACGUCUUUCCAAGGAUCAUUGGUUAUGUUACUCAGCGUGCCUCAAUAUUAUAAGGAUAUAGACACGUUAGUCGAAUUGAAUCGUAGCGGUAUGGAAAUCAAACUUGGCUCGUCCGGUCUAGUUCAUGUUUUCGAACAAGAUUCUACUUUGAGAACGAUAGCUAAAAAAGUAGUCAAAGUUACAGAUGACGACUUUCUUAACUUUAAUUUUACUUUUCUCGCUCGAUUUAUUCAUCACAAACAGAAAUUAUUUCGUAAUUUCUCCAUCAAGAAACAGAAUCGUAGCGUGAUUGUUCAUAAAAUUACGGAAUGUCCUUUGAUGUACUAUACAACUUUUAUCGUAGCUAAAAAUUUUCCUUUUGUUGAAGAAUUCAAUUCGGUCAUCGCAUCUAUGAUCGAAUCUGGCAUAAUCAUGAAGUGGGAUGGAGAGGUCAUGGUUAAAAUUCUUAAAGAGUUCAAACCCGAAGCUAAUUUGAAACACGGUGACGAACAAAUGGAGAAUAAGAUAUUUACGUUGAACGAUUUGGAAGUCGCUUUUAUGAUAUUAAUUAUCGGAUAUUGUUGCAGUAUUUGCAUAUUUAUUAGAGAAAUUAUUAAAUCAAAAAGUAAUUGA